AUGUUGGAGGAUCAGGUGGCGAACCUCUUGCAGAGGUACCUCGGCAACUACGUGAAGGGGCUCAACAAGGAGGCCCUCAAGAUCAGCGUGUGGCAAGGUGAUGUCGAGCUAAAAAAUAUGCAGUUGAAGCCAGAGGCACUCAAUGCAUUAAAAUUGCCAGUGAAGGUUAAGGCAGGAUUUCUUGGAUCAGUGAAACUUAAGGUUCCAUGGAGCAGGCUUGGCCAGGAUCCAGUUUUAGUUUCUUUGGAUCGUAUUUUUCUAUUAGCUGAACCCGAAACCCAAGUUGAAGGAUUUAGUGAGGAUGCUGUGCAGGAAGCUAAGAAGAAUCGAGUGCGGGAAAUGGAAAUGAAGCUGUUGGAGAGGACGCAGCAACUAAAGUCAGAAAUGAAUACAUCAUGGUUGGGAUCCCUGAUCAGCACAAUAAUUGGAAAUUUGAAACUUUCAAUUUCAAAUAUUCACAUCAGAUAUGAGGAUCUUGAGAGCAAUCCUGGCCAUCCGUUUGCAGCAGGCAUAACCUUGGAAAGACUUUCAGCUAUGACAGUUGAUGAAAAUGGAAAGGAAACCUUUGUCACUGGGGGUGCUCUAGACCGUAUUCAGAAGUCCGUUCAACUUGAUCGGCUUGCACUUUAUCUGGAUUCUGAUAUUUCUCCAUGGCAUGUUAACAAGCCAUGGGAGGAUUUGCUUCCAUCAGAGUGGGUCCAGGUUUUUAGAUUUGGCACUAAAUAUGGUAAACCAGCAGAUGGAUUAAUAAAAAAGCACACUUACAUACUGGAACCUGUGUCUGGAAAUGCCAAGUACUCAAAACUACAGCCAAAUGAAUUUGCUGACAGUGGCCAGCCUUUACACAAAGCAGCAGUUAAUUUGGAUGAUGUGACUCUCUGUUUGCCAAAGGAUGGAUACAGGGAUGCACUAAAGUUAGCUGAUAAUUUUGCUGCAUUUAAUCAGCGCUUGAAGUAUGCUCAUUAUCGCCCACAUGUCUCUGUGAAAUCUGAUCCUAGGUCUUGGUGGAAGUAUGCUUGUAGAGUCGUUUCUGACCAAAUGAAGAAGGCAAGUGGGAGAUUGUCAUGGGAUCAAGUUCUGAAGUACGCAAGCUUACGUAAAAGAUAUAUCUCGCUAUAUGCUUCACUGCUUAAAUCUGAUCCUAGUCGGGCAGUAGUUGAUGACAACCAAGACAUCGAGGAGCUAGAUCGGGGACUUGAUAUUGAACUCAUACUACAGUGGAGGAUGUUGGCUCACAAGUUUGUAGAGCAGUCAUUAGAGUCAGACCUUGACUUGAGGAAACAGAAAGCAAAGAAAUCUUGGUGGUCAAUGGGAUGGGGCAGUCAGUCUCAGAUAGAUGAGAGUGAGCCAUUUAGUUUCAGCGAGGAAGACUGGAAGCAGUUAAAUAACAUCAUUGGGUAUAAGGAAAGUGAUGAUAGGCUGUCGGCUGUAAUUAAUGACAGGGCGGAUGCUCUUCAGACUUCCUUGAGCAUUUGUAUGAAACAUAAUGCUACUAAGCUUAUUGAUGAGUCCCAGGAGUGUCUUGCUGAAUUAUCAUGUGAAGGCCUGGAUUGCUUUAUAAAGCUUUAUCCAGAGACAAAAGUUUUCAACAUAAAAUUGGGAUCAUAUAAGUUAUCAACACCGAAUGGUCUCCUUGCUGAGAGUGCAAGUGCGCAUGAUUCUUUAGUUGGCACAUUCUGUUUUAAGCCUUUUGAUGCAAAUGUGGACUGGAGCUUGGCUGCUAAAGCUUCUCCUUGUUAUGUGACUUAUCUAAAGGACGUAAUCGGUCAAAUUAUAAAAUUCUUCCGAAGUAAUACAGCUGUUAGUCAGACGAUAGCAUUGGAAACCGCAGCUGCAGUGCAGAUGACAAUCAAUGGAGUCAAGCGCACAGCUCAGCAACAAGUGAACAGAGCAUUGAAAGACCAUUCCAGGUUUUUGCUGGACUUGGAUAUUGCGGCUCCGAAGAUUACAAUUCCUACUGAUUUUUGUCCCGACAACACACAUCCAACAAAACUCAUGCUUGACUUGGGAAAUUUGGUUAUUGGAACCAAGGAUGACUAUGGAGGUGGAUCCCCGGAGGAGCUGGAUCUGUAUCUGCAGUUUAAUUUGGUUUUAAGAGAUGUAUCUGCUUUUCUGGUUGAUGGUGACUACUGUUGGAGCCAAUCUCCUUCAAACAAUUCUGCUGGUUGUGCCAAAUUAAAUGGUGUUAGUUUGUUGCCUUUAUUCGAUAAAUGUGGGGUAACUGUAAAGCUUCAACAGAUUAGAUUAGAGAGCCCAUCCUACCCUUCAACAAGAGUCGCUGUACGGCUACCAUCAUUAGGGUUUCACUUCUCUCCAGCUCGGUAUCAUCGAUUGAUGCAAAUUGUUAAGAUUUUUGAAGAGGAUAGUGAGGACUUGGAUCUCCUUUGCGCUUGGAAUGAGCCUGACUUCGAGGGGUGGUUGUCUCUUCUUGCUUGGAAGGGUCUUGGGAAUAGGGAAGCGGUGUGGCAGCGGCGCUACCUAUGCUUAGUUGGGCCUUACCUUUAUGUACUUGAGAACCCUAGCUCUAAAUCGUACAGACAGUGUAUCAGCUUAAGUGGAAAACACAUAUAUCAAGUUCCCCCAGAGUCUGUUGGUGGUGCUGAUCUUGUGUUGGUUGUCUGUGAUGCUGCACGAGGAAAUAGCAAGGUUGUGGAGGAUGCAAAUGCACUAAUAGUGCAAUGUGAUUCUGAUGAUUCGAAGAAAAUUUGGCAAAGCCGGUUGAAGGGGGCUGUCUAUCGUGCAUCGGGUUCUGCUCCUGUAACUAGUCUAUCUGAAGCUUCAUCUGAGUCCGAGGAUUCUAUAGUGGAGCUUAAUGACAAAGAUGAUGUGGUUGAUUUAUCGAAAAUGGAGAGAGUAUUUAUUACUGGUGUUCUUGAUGAACUAAAGGUCUGCUUCAGUUAUAGUUACCAGCACGACCAGAAUUUUAUGAAAGUGCUCCUAACUGAAGAAAGGCGUUUAUUUGAAUUUCGAGCAAUAGGUGGCCAGGUUGAGGUAUCAGUUAGAUCAAGUGACAUGUUCGUUGGAACUGUUUUAAAAUCUUUGGAGAUUGAAGACUUAGUUUCUGGCAAUAGCAUGUCUCAGCCUUGCUAUCUGGCAAGAUCUGAACUAACCCCGACUGAAGGAGAUGAAUUCUACGAGGCACCAGAAAAUUUGGUUGACUCUGAAAGCUUAUUGUUGAAAUCCCCUCGUUUUACUCGUAUUCCUGGUCUACUCCCGGGUAAUGGACGUGAAGAAAGUGAGGAGAACAUUGAACUCAAUGGUUCAUUGGACAGUUUUGUGAAAGCUCAAAUAGUUAGAUAUGACCAAGGCUCUCCUCUAUACCAUAAUAUAGACAUGCAGGUCUCUGUCACCCUGACUACCCUAUCAUUUUUCUGUCGGCGACCAACAAUUCUUGCCAUCAUGGAAUUUGUUAAUUCUAUUAACAUUGAGGAUGAAAGCUGUGAAUCUUUCAGUGACAGUUCUUCAGCAGCUAUUGUGAAACAGGAACUCUCCAGAGAUGAUGCAGUUGGUAGUCCACGAUCAGUGACAAUCAAUGAGCCUUCAAUUAAAGGAUUGCUGGGAAAGGGAAAGUCCAGAGUGGUUUUUAAUAUAACAUUAAAUAUGGCUCGCGCUCAGAUUAUAUUAAUGAAUGAAGAUGAAACUAAACUUGCUACUUUGUCACAAGAUAAUUUGGUUACCGAUAUUAAGGUGUUCCCAUCCUCUUUUAGCAUUAAGGCAGCCCUUGGAAAUCUUAAAAUAAGUGAUGAGAGUCUUCCUAGCAGCCAUAUGUACUUCUGGGCAUGUGAUAUGAGAAAUCCAGGCGGCAGUUCAUUUGUUGAGUUGGUUUUUACUUCAUUCAGCGUUGAUGACGAAGACUACGAAGGCUAUGAGUAUAGCCUUUAUGGGCAGCUUUCAGAAGUACGCAUUGUUUAUUUGAAUCGAUUUAUCCAGGAGGUGGCUAGUUACUUCGUGGGUCUUGUUCCCAACAAUUCAAAGGGUGUCGUCAAGGUAAAAGAUCAAGUAACAAAUUCAGAAAAGAUGUUUACAACUAGUGACUUCGAAGGAUCACCUGCCCUAAAGUUGGAUGUCUCUCUUAGGAAGCCUAUUAUUUUGAUGCCUCGGAGAACUGACAGUCUUGACUACUUGAAGCUUGAUAUUGUUCAUAUUACUGUCCGGAACACUUUUAAAUGGUUUGGUGGAAGUAGAAGUGAAAUUAAUGCUGUUCAUAUGGAAGUAUUAACAGUUCAGGUUGAGGACAUCAAUCUAAAUGUUGGCACUAAAGGUGAGUUAGGUGAAAGCAUAAUUCAAGAUGUGAAUGGAGUUUCGGUUGUGAUUCAAAGGUCACUUCGAGACUUGUUGCAUCAAAUACCAAGUAUUGAGGUUAUAAUCAAGAUGGAGAAAUUGAAAGCAGCUUUGUCAAACAGGGAAUAUCAGAUUAUCACGGAUUGUGCACAGUCUAAUAUUUCUGAAACUCCACAUAUUGUACCCACAUUGAACCAUUAUUCUAUGACAUCUUCAGUUGAUGUUGAAGAAGACAUCACUCCUCAGGAACCAGAUGGUAUUGAAUCCCAAAGUGCAAGUGGGGAAGCCUGGGUUACGAUGAAAGUCUCUGUUGUUAUCGAUUUGGUUGAAUUGUGCUUACAUGCUGGUGUAGCAAGAGAUGCAUCUCUGGCCACUGUGCAGAUUAGCGGUGCAUGGUUGCUGUACAAGUCAAAUACACUAGGAGAAGGCUUCCUCUCAGCAACACUAAAGGGUUUCACUGUGUUUGAUGAUCGUGAGGGUACUGAACCAGAGUUUAGGUUGGCAAUAGGAAAGCCUGAGUAUGUUGGUUCAUAUCCUCCAGAUUUUGUUGCUCAUGAUGACCAUCACAUCUCCGGUGCAAAUGUUACAAAAGAGAAUGAUGUCAAAUUAAUUCCUACAAUGCUCAUUCUUGAUGCAAAAUUUUGUCAGCUGUCAACCGUUGUUUCUUUGUGCAUCCAAAGGCCACAACUGCUUGUUGCACUUGAUUUCCUGCUGGGUGUUGUUGAGUUUUUCGUUCCUACCAUCGGCAAUGUGCAGUCAAAUGAAGAACUACAGAACUCUGUCCUUGGAAUUGAUGCAGUAGUUUUGGACCAAUCAACUUACAAGCAACCCUCUACUGAAUUCUCUCUUUCUCCUCUAAGACCGUUAAUAGUUGAUGAUGAAAGGCAUGAUCAUUUUGUUUAUGAUGGCAAUGCUGGGACACUGUAUUUGAAAGACCGGCAGGGAUUUAAUCUCUCAGGGCCUAGUACAGAGGCCAUAAUAUAUGUAGGAGAUGGGAAAAAAUUGCAAUUCAAAAAUGUUGUUAUCAUGAAUGGACUGUACUUAGAUUCAUGCAUUUCUAUGGGAACCAACAGUAGCUAUUCAGUUCUGAAGGAAGAUCAGGUCUAUUUCGUGGGAGGGAAUGAAGUUCCUAAUUUGAAUUCCCCAACAGAAAGUGUCAAUAAUGUGCCAUCUCAAAGUAUUGCCGUCGACAGGUCGACAGAGUUUAUUAUUGAGUUGCAGUUGGUUGGCCCAGAGCUGACAUUCUAUAAUACGUCUGAAGAUGUUGGGGAAUCCCUUGUGCUCUCCAACCAACUUUUACAUGCACAGUUGGAUGGAUUCUGCAGGCUUGUUUUGAAGGGUGAUACCAUUGAGAUGAAUGCAAAUGUUCUUGGUUUAACAAUGGAGAGUAAUGGAUUCACGAUUCUGGAGCCUUUUGACACCUCUGUAAAAUAUUCCAAUGCUUCUGGAAAGACCAAUAUUCAUCUAAGUGUUUCAGAUGUAUUUAUGAAUUUCUCAUUCAGCAUCCUGAGACUGUUUUUAGCAGUUGAAGAUGAUAUCUUGGCAUUUUUAAGGACAACAUCAAAGAAAAUGACAGUGGUCUGCUCACAGUUCGACAAAAUCGGAACAAUAAAAGAUCCCCACAAUGACCAAACAUAUGCCUUCUGGAGGCCUGAUGCACCUCCUGGUUUUGCUGUUCUUGGGGAUUAUCUGACACCAUUGGACAAGCCACCUACAACAGCAGUUCUUGCUAUAAAUACCAAUUUUUCUAGAGUCAAGAAACCCAUAUCUUUUAAACUGAUUUGGCCACCUUUACCUUCCGAGGGCUCAUCUGUUCAUGGUGUAAAUGAUUCUGAUUCUUUACCAAAUGACGUCCUUUCUGAUGGAGAUAGUUGUUCCAUUUGGUUUCCUGAAGCGCCUAAUGGAUAUGUUGCGUUGGGCUGUGUGGUUUCCCCAGGAAGAACACAACCACCACUUUCAGCUGCUUUUUGUAUCUUGGCUUCUUUGGUUUCUUCUUGUUCCUUAAGGGAUUGCGUUGCAAUCAGCACCACAAAUCUAUAUCAGUCAAGUGUAGCAUUCUGGCGUGUGGAUAACUCUGUUGGCACCUUUUUGCCAGCAGAUCCUAGUACUUCUACUUUAAUGGGUACAGCAUAUGAUUUGCGUCACAUGAUAUUUGGAUUGCCAGAAGCGUCUGUAAAGUCAUCUGAUCGUUUGGAUGUGCAAGCUGCUUCUGCUCAGAGUCACAACAUUCAAUCAGAAGUAUCAACAUCUGUAAAUUCUGCUCAGCGUUAUGAAGCUGUUGCUAGUUUCCGAUUGAUAUGGUGGAAUCAGAGCUCUAACUCAAGGAAGAAACUGUCCAUAUGGCGUCCAGUUGUCCCUCAUGGGAUGGUAUAUUUUGGUGAUAUUGCAAUCAAAGGGUAUGAGCCUCCAAAUAACUGCAUUGUUCUUCAUGAUACUGGAGACGAAGGGAUCUUCAAAGCCCCCCUUGAUUUCCAACUUGUUGGGCAAAUUAAGAAACAGAGGGGAAUGGAGAGUAUAUCUUUCUGGCUUCCUCAAGCUCCUCCAGGUUUUGUUGCUCUUGGUUGCAUAGCAUGUAAGGGAACACCAAAACAGAGUGAUUUCAGCUCAUUAAGAUGUAUGCGCAGUGAUAUGGUAGCUGGGGAUCAAUUUUUGGAGGAAAGUGUAUGGGAUACAUCUGAUGCCAAGCUUACAAGAGAUUCAUUUAGUAUAUGGGCAGUUAGCAAUGAGUUGGGGACCUUUAUAGUUCGUGGUGGAUUCAAGAAACCUCCAAGAAGGUUUGCUUUAAAGUUGGCUGACUCACAUGUACCAAGUGGCUCGGAUGAUACUGUAAUUGAUGCAGAAUUUAGAACUUUUUCUGCAGCACUUUUUGAUGACUAUGGUGGCUUGAUGGUUCCAUUGUUUAAUGUCUCUUUAAGUGGAAUUGGGUUCAGUUUGCAUGGAAGAACAGAAUACUUAAAUUCUACUGUGAGCUUCUCUUUGGCUGCUAGAUCAUAUAACGAUAAGUAUGAAAUUUGGGAGCCUCUUGUUGAGCAAAUGGAUGGAUUCUUAAGGUAUCAAUAUGAUCCCAGUGCUCCAACUGCAGCUUCCCAGUUACGUCUUACCUCUACUAGGGAACUGAACUUGAACGUUUCUGUGUCUAAUGCUAAUAUGAUAAUUCAAGCUUAUGCAAGCUGGAACAGUCUUAUUCAUGUUAAUGAAUAUCAUAGAAAAAGAGAAGCAUCCUCUCCAACAGAUGGUGGAGUAUCUGUUAUUGACGUCCAUCACAGGAGAAACUACUAUAUAAUUCCACAAAACAAACUUGGUCAAGAUAUCUAUAUUCGAGCUACUGAAUUAAGGGGACUCGCAAACAUAAUUAAGAUGCCAUCUGGGGAUAUGAGGCCUCUAAAAGUUCCUGUUUCCAAGAAUAUGUUGGACUCUCACUUGAAGGGAAAACUUUUCCGUAAAGUUAGAAGAAUGGUGACUCUUAUCAUAGUGGAUGGGCAGUUCCCACAGGGUAGAGGGUUGACAUCCCCCCAGUAUACCAUAGCAAUCCGCCUCAUUCCUGACCCGAGUCUCCCUAGUGAAUCACUGAGCCAUCAACAAAGUGCACGCACUUGUGGAAGUAGCUCGGAACAUUUAUCUUCAGAGCUUGAGUUGGUCAAGUGGAAUGAAAUUUUUUUCUUUAAAGUUGAUGAUCCAGAUUACUACUCGGUGGAACUAAUUGUCACGGAGCUCGGGAAAGGGGUCCCUCUUGGAUUCUUUUCAGCCCCUCUAAAGCAGAUUGCAGGGAAUGUCCAUGAUGAUUCAUACGCAUAUGAUAGUGUGAACAAAUGGAACUGGGUUGAAUUAUCCUCGACAAAUUCUACGGGAAAUAAUGGUGAAACGUCGAGUGGUAGAAUCAGAUGUGCUGUGCUCUUGUCACCAAGAUCUGAAGCUGAGAUAAGCGAUCAAUCAGAUAACAGUAACAGAAAAUCUGGAUUUAUUCAGAUCAGUCCAAGCAAGGAAGGACCGUGGACUACUGUGAGGUUGAACUAUGCUGCACCAGCUGCCUGUUGGCGGUUAGGGAAUGAUGUUGUUGCUAGUGAAGUACAUGUGAAGGAUGGCAACCGAUAUGUCAAUAUUAGGUCUCUUGUUUCGGUACGUAACAGUACAGAUUUUGUACUUGAUUUGUGCCUUGCAUCAAAAAUUUCCAUGGAAGAGACGACGUCAACAAAUAACGAAAGUACCCCUGAAGGUUUACAAAUUCACAGCAAUAAACUUCAGACUGAUGAGUUCUUUGAAGCUGAAAAAUACAGCCCAGGCAGUGGCUGGAUUGGCUACAUGGUUCAACCAAGCCAAGAUAUCUUCGAAAGUGGAGGAUCUCAUCAGGGAAUUCCUGCUGUUGAGUUACCACCAGGUUGGGAAUGGGUUGAUGAUUGGCAUUUGGAUAUGGCAUCUGUUAACACUGCUGACAGUUGGGUUUAUGCUCCAGAUGUUGAUAGUUUAAAAUGGCCAGAGUCAUUUGAUCCCUUAGGGUUUGUAAACCAUGCAAGGCAAAGGAGAUGGAUCAGGAAUAGAAAACAAAAUGUUACAAAUCAAGAAAUACAUAUUGGAAUUUUGAAACCUGGAGAUACGAUAUCCCUUCCUCUAUCUGGGUUAGCACAACCUGGAAUGUAUGUCUUGCGUUUAAGGCCAUCCAAUCUCAGCAAUCCUAUUGAAUAUUCUUGGAGUUCAGUGGUGGAUGGGUCUGAACAAGCAGAGGAUUCUAGUAAGUCAAAACUAUGUUCCGGGAUAAGUGUGUCAUCUCUCACUGAGUCAGAGGAACUGUUGUAUUGCACCCAGAUAAGUGGUACUUCUUCAAGUGUUCUGCAUAAGUUGUGGUUUUGUAUGAGUGUACAAGCAACAGAAAUUGCAAAAGACAUUCAUUCUGAUCCUAUCCAGGAUUGGAAUCUUGUAAUCAAGGCCCCGUUAUGCGUCUCCAAUUUUAUUCCACUUGCUGCUGAAUUUUCUGUUCUUGAGAUGCAAGAAAGUGGUAACUUUGUUGCCUGCUCCAGAGGAGUGUUUUUUCCAGGAAAAACUGUUGAUGUUUAUAAUGCUGACAUAAGAAAGCCUUUGUUUUUUUCACUGCUUCCACAAAGAGGGUGGCUGCCCAUACAUGAGGCUGUUCUUUUAUCACAUCCUCAUGAAGUUCCGUCAAAAACCAUAAGUCUGAGAAGUUCGAUAUCUGGAAGGAUUGUUCAAAUCAUUCUUGAACAGAACUCUAACCAAGAACGACCACUGCAGGCUAAGCUCGUUAGAGUCUAUGCUCCUUAUUGGUAUUCAAUUGCUAGGUGUCCCCCUCUCACAUUUAGGCUUCUAGAUAUAAAAGGAAAGAAACAUACACGCAAGGUUGGUGGUCCACUUGAAUCUAAAAAGAACAAUGAAGCUAUCCUAGAGGAAAUAACUGAAGAGGAAAUACAUGAAGGCCAUACAAUUGCUUCAGCUUUGAACUUUAAAAUGUUGGGCCUUGCGGUGUCCAUUGAUCAAUCUGGCACGGAGCAGUUUGGACCUGUUAAAGAUCUUUCACCCCUUGGUGACAUGGAUGGGUCACUGGAUCUCUAUGCUUAUGAUGGUGAAGGCAAUUGCAUGAGGCUUUUUAUUACAACGAAACCAUGCCUAUAUCAAUCUGUUCCCACCAAGGUAAUUUCUGUGCGACCAUAUAUGACUUUUACCAACAGACUUGGUCAGGACAUAUUUAUUAAGUUGUGCAAUGAAGAUGAGCCAAAGGUCCUUCGAACAACUGAUUCAAGAGUCUCAUUUGUACAUCGUAAAUCAGACGGACCUGAUAAACUUCAGGUGGCAUUUAUGAUGGAAGAACUGGAUUGGUGCUCAAUUUUUGUGGAGAAAGCUAGUUGGCUGGGAACACCUUUCGAUGAGAAUGAAAUUAGAAAAUCUGAGUUUGACUGGUUUGAAACAUAUGAUCCAGAUGAGAUGGCGGUUUCUCAAGAUUUUUGGGAUGUUGUCAAAGUUGACUUAUUGAAGAAGUGCAAUCUUGAUUUCAUCCUUAGUGAACUUUCAAUUUUCCUUCCAAGUUCCAUGAGGACAUUUUUGAGAACAGAAAUUCGGGGCUAUGAAGAAGGCUCACGUUUCAUCGUUCUGUUCCGCCUUGGAUCAACCAAUGGUCCUAUCAGAUGCCUGGAUUCCCAUAGCACCUCUUUCGACAACAAAUUUUCAUGGGAGGAUCCUUAUGGCCAAAAAUUCAUACAAGCUAAGGUUGACAGUGAGCUCGAAAUUGGACCUUGGGAACUCGAUUUGGAAAGGACUGGGAUAUGUUAUGCAGAGGAGGGACUUGGAUUACAAUUUCACGUUAUAGAAACCAGUGAUAUCAAGGUUGCAAGGUUCACAAACGCCACAACUUCAGGGACAAGUUCACAUCGGCAACUUGCUGGAAAUUGGGGGCAUUCCCACACGCCAAACACCAUUCAAAAUAAUGGUUCCACACCUGUGGAGCUUAUAAUUGAGUUUGGAGUUGUAGGGGUCUCUAUUAUAGACCAUAGACCAAAAGAGGUGUCCUACUUGUAUUUUGAGAGAGUCUUCAUAUCAUAUUCAACUGGUUAUGAUGGUGGGACAACGGCCAGGUUCAAGCUCAUAUUGGGCCAUCUGCAGUUGGACAACCAGCUUCCUCUAACAUUGAUGCCAGUGUUGUUGGCUCCUGAAAUGAACUCUGACUUGCAUCUUCCAGUGUUCAAGAUGACAAUAACAAUGCGUAAUGAAAAUAUUGAUGGUGUCCAGGUGUACCCUUAUGUUUAUAUACGGGUAACUGAGAAGUGUUGGAGGCUUAAUAUUCAUGAACCAAUAAUUUGGGCAUUGGUGGAUUUCUACAAUAAUCUACAGUUAGAUCGUGUACCUAAAAGUUCUAGUGUCACAGAAGUUGAUCCUGAAUUACGCAUUGACCUAAUAGAUGUUUCAGAAGUUAGGCUGAAGGUUGCAUUGGAAACAGCGCCGGCUGAAAGACCUCAUGGGGUUCUAGGGGUGUGGAGUCCCAUACUAUCAGCUGUCGGAAAUGCGUUCAAGAUUCAGGUGCAUCUUAGAAGGGUGAUGCAUCGAGACAGAUUCAUGCGGAAGAGUUCCAUUGUUUCUGCCAUUGGUAACCGUAUUUGGAGAGAUCUGAUCCAUAAUCCUUUACAUUUGAUAUUUGCGGUUGAUGUACUUGGUAUGACAAGUUCAACUUUGGCAUCUCUUAGUAAAGGGUUUGCUGAGUUGUCAACUGAUGGACAAUUUGUGCAACUACGUUCAAAGCAGGUAUCAUCAAGGAGAAUAACUGGGGUGGGUGAUGGAAUUAUGCAAGGUACAGAAGCAUUUGUGCAAGGUGUUGCUUUUGGGGUGUCUGGAGUAGUGAAAAAACCUGUAGAGAGUGCUAGACAGAAUGGGUUUUUAGGACUUGUUCAUGGGCUUGGACGUGCUUUCGUGGGAGUGAUAGUGCAACCAGUCAGUGGGGCAUUAGACUUCUUCUCAUUGACUGUUGUUGGAAUUGGAGCAAGUUGUUCCAAAUGCUUAGAGGUUUUUAAUAGCAAAACAACCUUCCAGAGAAUUAGAAAUCCCCGAGCUUUCCGGGCCGAUGCUGUACUCAGAGAGUAUUGUGAGAGAGAAGCUGUUGGGCAGAUGAUUUUAUACCUUGCAGAAGCACAUCGGCAUUUUGGUUGUACUGAAAUAUUCAAGGAGCCCUCAAAGUUUGCUUGGUCCGAUUAUUAUGAAGAUCAUUUUGUUGUGCCUUACCAACGAAUUGUUUUAGUGACCAAUAAGCGAGUCAUGCUGCUUCAGUGUUUGGCUCCAGACAAAAUGGAUAAGAAACCUUGCAAGAUCAUGUGGGAUGUACCUUGGGAAGAGCUUAUGGCCAUGGAGUUGGCAAAAGCAGGCUGCAAUCAGCCAUCUCACUUGAUCCUCCACCUCAAAAAUUUUAGGAGAUCAGAAAAUUUUGUACGGGUUAUAAAGUGCAGUGUUGAAGAAACUGAGAGACGAGAACUCCAAGCUCUUAGGAUCUGUUCUGUAGUACGUAAGAUGUGGAAAGCAUAUCAGUCUGACAUGAAAAGCAUAAUUCUGAAGGUUCCAUCAAGCCAGCGACAUGUGUACUUUUCCUGGUCUGAAGCUGAUGGGAGAGAACAUCAUUUACCGGACAAGGCCAUUACCAGGCUGAGAGAGCUCCCAUCAGACAGUUCUGCAUUGGAUGGUAGGAGAUUUGUAAAACACAGUAUUAACUUUUCAAAGAUUUGGAGCAGCGAACAAGAAUCCAGAGGCCGAUGCACGUUAUGCAGAAAGCAGGUUUCGGGAGAUGGUGGAAUCUGUAGCAUUUGGAGACCCAUUUGUCCAGACGGUUAUGUCUCCAUUGGUGAUAUUGCUCACAUUGGCAGCCAUCCUCCAAAUGUUGCCGCAGUUUACCGUAAGGUUGACAGAUUGUUUGCACCUCCAGUUGGUUAUGACCUGGUAUGGAGGAACUGCAUGGAUGACUACACAACACCGAUAUCGAUUUGGCAUCCUCGGGCCCCGGAGGGUUAUGUAUCUCCUGGAUGCAUUGCAGUGGCUAGAUUUGUUGAACCCGAACUUGAUGUAGUGUACUGCAUAGCUGAAUCACUUGCUGAAGAGACGGAAUUUGAAGAGCAAAAGGUUUGGUCGGCUCCAGAUUCUUACCCGUGGGCAUGCCACAUUUAUCAAGUCCACAGCGAUGCUCUUCACUUUGUGGCUCUAAGACAAGCCAAGGAAGAAUCUGACUGGAAACCUAUGAGGGUUCUUGAUGAUCCUCAGCCUCUAUUGGAGUCACUAAAAGAGACCUGA